GGCAACAGCCCACAGACGGAGAUGGAUUUUUUUUUUUGGUCAUUUAAGUAAAAUUUUAAAAAAGAAAAACAUUUAUUUUUAAGACAAAAAGACAGACAGGUAAAACCCCCUCUUCCUCACCCAUUGAAAAAAGUAAACAAAAUUUCUUUGCCUCUCUUCUUCUACUGUUCCUUCCCUCAGAUUUCCCAUCUCCUUCUUCAAAUUAGGGUUUUUCUAAUCUCUGUUCAACUCUCGGCUCUUUAUCUUCAACUGAAAAUUCACAACAGAAUGGGGUCUUACUUCAUUCCGAAUUCCCAUGGUAAUGUUAUGGCAUUUCCAAUAAUCUGCUGAUUACUUCUCAUUAUUAUAGAGGAAUUACUUACUCUUGGUUUUACCCUGUGAUACUUCAUAGAAACAAAAUAUGAAUAAAUUUCCCCCUCCUUUGAGAUGUGGGAUAUAUACCAUAAGUAACAGCCCAAUUUUCUAUUAACCAAGCAUUGUACUUGUGCAAGAGGCUGUAAACUGUCAUCUGCAAUUCUUCCCACCUUUGAGGCUGCAAUGGAUGACGGUGGGCAUCGUGAAAAUGGAAGGCAUAAAGCAGAUCAAUAUAAAACGGCUCAGGGCCAGUGGUUGAUGCAAGCUCAGCCUUCAAUGAAACAGAUCAUGGCCAUUAUGGCUGAAAGAGAUGCUGCCAUUCAUGAGAGGAAUAUGGCUAUUUCAGAAAAGAAGGCAGCUAUUGCAGAGCGUGAUAUGGCAUUUAUUCAGAGAGAUGCAGCAAUUGCUGAGCGAAAUAAUGCCAUAUUGGAUCGAGAUAGUGCUAUUGCAACUCUUCAAUAUCGAGAGAAUUCCCUGACAGGUGGUAAUAUGUCCUCUUGUCCACCAGGAUGUCAAAUCUCACGUGGGGUGAAGCACAUGCACCACCCACAGCAGCAUGCACAACAUCUGCCCCACUCAAGUGAAGUUUCAUAUGGUACUAGGGAAAUGCAAACAAGCGACACUGUCCCGGUAUCACCGGUUGGUCCUGAGGCUGCAAAGUCACGGAGAGGUAAAAGGUCAAAAGAUGCCAAGGCUAUGCCACCCAACAAAAAGACUUCAAAAUCUCCAAGGAAGGUUAAGAGGGAGAGCGAAGACUUGACCAAAGUCAUGUUUGGCAAAUCACAUGACUGGAAAAAUGGGCAGGAUCUGGCUGGUGGAGGUGAUGAUCUGAACAAACAGCUGGUUGUCUCCAAGUCUGAUUGGAAAGGUAAUGAUUUGGGUUUGAACCAGAUUGCAUUUGAUGACUCAACCAUGCCAGCACCAGUAUGUUCUUGCACUGGAGUGCAUAGGCAGUGCUACAAAUGGGGCAAUGGUGGAUGGCAGUCCUCAUGUUGCACAACCACUCUCUCCAUGUAUCCACUACCUGCAGUGCCAAACAAGCGACAUGCCCGUGUAGGUGGAAGAAAAAUGAGUGGAAGUGCAUUCAGCAAACUGCUUAGUCGGCUUGCUGCUGAAGGUUAUGAUCUGUCAAAUCCAGUUGAUCUCAAGGAACAUUGGGCCAAGCAUGGGACCAAUCGCUAUAUCACAAUAAAGUAGAAUAAGUUGUGAAUUGGGUGGAUAGGCAAUACAGGAAAUGGCAUGUAAUCUUAAGGUAUGUUGUAUGUAUCCUCAAUUUUCAUAUUUGCUGUGGGAGAAAUAAUGAUUAGAUAACAGGCAGAAGUAAAAUUAUGGGGUAGUCGAUACCAGUCAUCUUGCUUCGUCUUUCUAGCAAAAUGUUAUAAUUGUCGCGGUUGGAAGUGAAUGAAGUUGGGUUAGUCGAGUAGUUCUUCCUUGUAACUCUAGUUAAUUGUAAAGGGUCCUUUCUUAAGGUGGUGUUGAACUAUUUGUAAGCGUUGUUUAAUAUAGAAUUGGCCAUCUUGGCGGCAGAAAAUUUUGAUC